UAUUUAUUUUAGUAUAUAAUUUCACUAUAUAAGUCUAUUCUAAGUUAAAAUAGUAUUACAUCAUGGAUAUAACACCAAAUGGAUCGUCAAAUCGUGAUUCUUUGUUAUGCUGCCGCGCCUGCCUGUCCACCGAACGCAGACUGUUCAGUAUCCAUGAAUCCAAGCUUACCGACGCCUUUUCUCACAUCUCGGGGACUCCUGUGUACCAGGACUAUUUCCCACAGUUCCUGUGCACAUUCUGCCGCGCCGUGCUGAUCAAAUCUGCUUCCUUCAGAGAGAUGUGUCUCCGCACACAGCAGACCCUCACAGCGGAGCCAUACAAGCAAGCGUUGAAUACAGAGUGUAUCCGCAGUAUACCCUCCCAUAGCAUCUACAACUUAACUAUAACUCAAUUAGAACCUCAAGAAUGCCCAGACUCACCUGUUCUACCUGACAUAGACAUAAAAGUCGAACCAAACAUAGACAUAGUAGACAUAGACAGUAUUAUAAAGAAUGAUCUGAAAGUAGAAUUAGAAAAAGAAGAAAUUAAUGACAAAGAUAAAGAUAUAAUAUUUGUGAAAGAUGUUGAAACUGUUAAAAAGAAAAAGAAAAGAUCUACAUGUAAGAAGAAUAAUAAAUUAGAAAAUGACUAUGAUGAACUAGAUGACAUAGAUGAUGACAGUAUUGUCAGUAAUGUCAGUCUAGAAGAUAAAAAGGAAGUAUAUGAAGAAAUGGAAUAUGAUGAUGAUGUAUAUAGAAAAAAUAGUAAAUCGAAAGUAAAGAAAAAAGGAAGAAAGGUAAAGAAGGCUGUUGCAGUUAAAAAUAAUAAAAACAAAGUUGUUCACCCAAAAGAGGCUACGAAGAAGACAGGAGCGAAGUAUCCGAGAGAUCCCACAAAUGACAUGCCGCUGUUUGAUUUUGACAAGUUUGAGAAGACUCAUGCUGUACAAAUUGUUACUUUGAGCAAGGAGGAGCAGCUGGAAGAGAUCGCCUCGCGCAAGAAGUCCCGAAACUACCUGGAGUCCCGGUUCCGGUGCGAGGACUGCGGGAAAGGCUUCGACGCUGAGGCCGCCUACAACAACCACCUACUGCGGCAUAGUCCAAGCAUGGGCCAGCACCCCUGUGAGAUCUGUUCCGUUCGCUUCAAGCUCAAGUGCCGGCGCCAGCAGCACCAGGACCUGCACCGGCUCAAGUUCCUCUGCAAGGAGUGCAGCUUCGUCUCCAGAACCAGGAGUCAAGCAAAAAGACAUCACGCCAUGCACGCAGGGAAAACUUACGAGUGCCAACACUGUGGGAAGACGUUCAAGAUGAGUUCAACGUACCUGACGCACGUGCGGCGCGCGCACGCCGCGCUGAAUGUGGCGUGCGAGGUGUGUGGAGAGACCUUUGUAGGGGAAAAGGGGCUCAAGCUUCACAAGAAGAGGACACACUCUGAGAACAUGCCACUGAGACUCAAGUGCGGUAUCUGCUCAGCUAACUUCUACAGUGUCGAAGCUCUGAACAGACACACAGACACGGCCGGUGAGCACAGGGACCUGCGGCCGUGCGAGCAGUGCGGCGAGAACUGUGCGAGCGAGGAGGCGCUACACAAGCAUGUCGGGGAGAUGCAUCCAUCGGAAUUGCGUCGGUGUGAAGAGUGCGGGUUGACGUUUCCCUCUGCGGCCUCGUACGACACCCACCACCGUCGCAAGCACCUGCAGCGCUACAAGGACGGGCGGAACGUGCAGCGCAAGCGCCGCGUGCCCCGCGCCCCGCCGCCCCGCGGGCAGUUCGUGUGCGAGCAGUGCGGACGCAUACUGCCGGACGGGCCUAACGUGCAGCGCAAGCGCCGCGUGCCCCGCGUCCCGCCGCCCCGCGGGCAGUUCGUGUGCGAGCAGUGCGGACGCAUACUGCCGCGCUACAAGGACGGCCGGAACGUCCAGCGCAAGCGCCGCGUGCCCCGCGCCCCGCCGCCCCGCGGGCAGUUCGUGUGCGAGCAGUGCGGACGCAUACUGCCGCGCUACAAGGACGGCCGGAACGUCCAGCGCAAGCGCCGCGUGCCCCGCGCCCCGCCGCCCCGCGGGCAGUUCGUGUGCGAGCAGUGCGGACGCAUACUGCCGCGCUACAUGGACGGCCGGAACGUCGAGCGCAAGCGCCGCGUGUCCCGCGCCCCGCCGCCCCGCGGGCAGUUCGUGUGCGAGCAGUGCGGACGCAUACUGCCGCGCUACAAGGACGGCCGGAACGUCCAGCGCAAGCGCCGCGUGCCCCGCGCCCCGCCGCCCCGCGGGCAGUUCGUGUGCGAGCAGUGCGGGCGCAUACUGCCGCGCUACAAGGACGGCCGGAACGUCCAGCGCAAGCGCCGCGUGCCCCGCGCCCCGUCGCCCCGCGGGCAGUUCGUGUGCGAGCAGUGCGGACGCAUACUGCCGCGCUACAAGGACGGCCGGAACGUCCAGCGCAAGCGCCGCGUGCCCCGCGCCCCGUCGCCCCGCGGGCAGUUCGUGUGCGAGCAGUGCGGACGCAUACUGCCGCGCUACAAGGACGGCCGGUACGUCCAGCGCAAGCGCCGCGUGCCCCGCGCCCCGUCGCCCCGCGGGCAGUUGGUGUGCGAGCAGUGCGGACGCAUACUGCCGCGCUACAAGGACGGCCGGAACGUCCAGCGCAAGCGCCGCGUGUCCCGCGCCCCGCCGCCCCGCGGGCAGUUCGUGUGCGAGCAGUGCGGACGCAUACUGCCGGUAUGUACUGUCUCACUCUAUCAACCCGCAGCGCUACAAGGACGGGCGGAACGUUCAGCGAAGCGCCGCGUGCCCCGCGCCCCGCCGCCCCGCGGGCAGUUCGUGUGCGAGCAGUGCGGACGCAUACUGCCGCGCUACAAGGACGGGCGGAACGUUCAGCGCAAGCGCCGCGUGUCCCGCGCCCCGCCGCCCCGCGGGCAGUUCGUGUGCGAGCAGUGCGGACGCAUACUGCCGGUAUGUACUGUCUCACUCUAUCAACCCGCAGCGCUACAAGGACGGGCGGAACGUUCAGCGAAGCGCCGCGUGCCCCGCGCCCCGCCGCCCCGCGGGCAGUUCGUGUGCGAGCAGUGCGGACGCAUACUGCCGCGCUACAAGGACGGGCGGAACGUUCAGCGCAAGCGCCGCGUGUCCCGCGCCCCGCCGCCCCGCGGGCAGUUCGUGUGCGAGCAGUGCGGACGCAUACUGCCGGUAUGUACUGUCUCACUCUAUCAACCCGCAGCGCUACAAGGACGGCCGGAACGUUCAGCGCAAGCGCCGCGUCGCCCCCAUGAAGAGCUGCGGCCCGCUUCGCCGCUGGCCGCCAACUUGUCUACACGCACUGGCGAUUCAGUGUGCGGCGAGACGCCGAUGAGGAACGCGACGCUGCUCCGGUACCACCAGCGCACGCAUCAGGACGUGAAGCCGUACGCCUGCACCGAGUGCCCGAAGACAUUCGCCUUGAAAUCUUCUUUAAACGUAAGCAUUCAAACUCAUUUCAGUGCGUACGGUAAGUAG